AUGUCUAGACAAGACUUCACACCUAUACCCUCUCCAGAGACGAUCAGUAAGCCGCGCGAGGCUGCAUUUAUUGCACUCAUGGUGAUGACCCAGCUGCUCACCCAAGCGGGGCUCGCUCAGACAGUGGUGCCAGGCCAGUUUAUCUCCAGGACCAUGGGUGUUGCUGGCGAUGCUGGUGAAAUUUCAUGGUUCACAGCCGCAUUCUCAUUGGGGGUUGGAACGUUCAUCUUAAUUGCUGGUCGUUUAGGUGAUCUGUAUGGCUACAAGAACAUAUUCCUCAUCAGCUACGUGUGGCUCGCGUUAUGGUAUAUGCUGUGUGGGAUUUCUCACUAUUCUGGAAACGUGAUCUUCUUCGAUGUAACACGGUUCUGUCAGGGCCUUGCUUAUGCAUUUGCAACGCCAAAUUCGAUAGCAUUAUUAGGCCAUUUUUAUCCACCGGGUCCCCGUCGGAACUUGGGAAUGGCCCUGUUCGGUGGAAUCGCGCCUGGGGGCUUUGUAAUCGGUGCAUUGUUCUCUUCCAUGUUCCUGGAAACCACUACAUGGCCAUGGAUCUUCUACUCUGGGGCAUUCGUGGCAUGUGCUAUGGUGGGUCUUGGAUGGCUUAUUAUACCUAAAAGAAUAGGGUCUCCUGACGAGGGUGUUUUCGACUAUCUCGGUGCCUUUACAGGCGUCACCUGUCUAGUUCUCUUCAAUUUUGCGUGGAACCAAGGCCCUGUGGUGGGCUGGGACAAGCCGUAUGUCUACGUACUGCUUAUAGUGGGAAUUCUGUCUGGGGUUCUGUUUGUUUAUGCGGAGAAAAAGGCUAAGAAUCCUCUGAUACCUCCUUCGGUCAUCAACCGUGAUAUCUUGUUCAUGCUCGGUUGUAUUGCAACAGGUUGGUCCUCAUUUGGUAUUUGGAACUUCUACACAUUCCAAUGGGGAACCCUGAUUCUUGGUGAAUCUCCGACCCGUGUUUCAAUUCAAUUCAUUCCGUGUAUGAUCGCAGGUAUGUGCUGCUCAUUGCUGACUGGAGGCGUGCUCAUCCGCAAACUUCCCACUAGUGCUGUCAUGGUCAUUGCAAUGGCAUGUUUUUUGGUGGGUAGCUGUUUGAUGGCAACCAGACCGGUGGGACAGAUAUAUUGGGCCCAGAUGUUUGUUUCGUGUAUUAUCAUGACGGGUGGAAUGGACAUCUCGUUUCCCGCAGGGGUCAUGAUUAUGAGUAAUAGGCUUCCAAAACACCAACAGGGUAUCUCAGCUUCUGUUGUGGCUACGACGGUGAAUUAUUCCAUCUCAAUCGGACUUGGAUUUGCUGGAACAGUCCAGUACUAUUUGCAGAAAAACGGUGCUAGCGAGAUGAAGGCGAUGCGUGGAUGCUUUUACAUGGGAAUUGGGCUGAGUGGUCUUGCUAUGAUGAUCGGCCUUGUGUUUUUAGGUUCACAGUUUGUUUUUCCAGUCCCAGGGGAGAAAUCAGAGCCAGACUCAGAUUCUGCGCCUGCAGAAGAUGUAGAUGGAAAGGUUUGA